AGUGGAACUCACCUGUAUUGCAAACAUGGAGAAUGCUGAAUGGGACCUUUCAGAAGACAAACAAGAACAUUCUGCUGAAGAUCUCAAACUUCAUAAUUCAUCAUUGCAGGUCAUUGCAACAGUCUCAUCCAUUAGAGAAUCUUAUGACAGAAGAAGCCCUUUUCGCAGUCAACAUACCACACUAACAUCACUACCUCCUGAACCAAAAAAGAUGUGUUUACCUUUUAAUCUGCAUUGGUGUUUUGGAUACAGUGUGAACAAACCAGUAUUGAACCUUACUACAAAUGUGCAGUCAUACAUCUUCUAUGUUAGUUCAAAUGUUGGUAUAUUAUAUGAUUAUAUUAACAAAGAGAUGAGAUUGCUCCAAGGACAUAUAAACCACAUCGGUUCAUUUGCUAUUGACGCAAAAGGCAGGUGGAUUGCAACAGCUGAUGCAGGAAAGGACAGUGCAGUUAUAAUAUGGGAAACUGAGAAAUGUGUUCCUAUUCUUACACUCUUUGACCCUCAUGGUGAAUAUGGAAGUAGAGUUGUAGCACUGAGCCACAAUGCAAAAUAUCUAGUAAGUGUUGGUGGUGACCCAGAGCAAACACUUGCAUUUUGGGUAUGGACAUAUGGCAGUGAGUAUCCUGAAGGCAGCUGUCAACUGGGAAAUGAUCUGGGUGUUGUCAAGCAUGUUACAUUUCGACCUAAGAGAAAUGAACAUUUCCUUAUCACAGGUGAAAAUGGUGUCACAUUUAUGACAUGGUAUAUACAACACUGUGGAAAAUUCCUUAUAAACUACCUAAUACAGAGAGAAAAAUAA